AUGAGACCGUGGCAAGACAUCGCCGCCGAGGAGCAGGCUCGAGUCCUUUCGGAAUUGCCCAAGGAAUGGCUCCUUACAAGUCCGCCGGCUGACAAUGUCGCGAAUGUCAUGCAGGUCCCGUAUACGUGCGGACUGCUGAGCGAUCAAGAGUUGGAAUGGACCGACAAGGACGCGACGGAACUGCUGGGCUUGCUGGCCAGCGGGGAAGUCAAGAGUUACGAUCUCACCUUGGCCUUUUGCAAGAGGGCAGCGAUUGCACAGCAGCUGUUGAACUGCAUGACGGAAAUGUGGUUCGAAGAGGCGCUCCAGCGGGCUCGGGAACUCGACAACAUUCUCGCAAAGACGGGCAAGACGGUCGGCCCAUUCCACGGCCUCCCCUUCUCCAUCAAAUGCACGUUUGCCAUCAAAGGCAAGAGAUCGUCGAGUUGUUACGUCGGCUGGGCGAAGAACGUGGCCGAUCAGGACGCGCCGAUAGUCAAGGUCAUUCGCGAUGCCGGUGCUGUUCUGUUCUGCAAGACGACCAACCCUCAGACAGUGAUGCAUCUCGAGACGGUUUCAAAUUUAUUCGGCCGAACAUUGAACCCGUACAAUCGCCAGCUCACUCCCGGUGGAUCGUCCGGCGGCGAGGCUGCGCUCGUCGCAAUUGGCGGGUCGCCAAUUGGUCUGGCCGCCGACGGAGGAGGUAGCAUUCGUUCACCAGCCGCCAACAACGGCCUGUUUGGGAUGAAGUGCACACCGGAGCGGAUCCCCAUCUUCAGGGGCACCCUCAGCCAGCGCGGGUGUAAGUCAUACCCGAUCGUGGCUGGACCAGUGACUCGAACUGUGCGCGACUCGGAGCUUUUCAUGAAAGCUGUGCUGGACGCUGAGACAUGGCGCAUCGAACCUUCACUCGUGCCCUUGCCCUGGCGGUCGAUCCCGAUGCCGGAAAAGAUCAAGAUCGGCGUGUAUACGGAUGAUCUCGUGUGCAAGCCGCACCCGCCGAUCACGUAUGCUUUGAAUCUGUUGAAGGAGAAAAUCAGGGCGCAUCCGGCGUUUGAACUGAUCGAGUGGACGCCGUACAAGCACGGGCAAGGCUACGACAUCAUCCGACAGCUGUUCUGGGAGGACGGCGGAGUCGAGACCAAGGCCAUCAUGGAAGAUGCUGGGGAGCCCAUUCUUCCGCUGACCCAAUGGGUGAUGAAGGCACCGCACAUCAAGGCGCGCACGCUCAAGGAGAGCUGGGAGCUCAACUACCAACGCGACGUGUUCCAGAAGGAGUACCUCCAGCACUGGCAGUCAGCCGCGGUGGUGCCGGAUUUCCUGGUCGGCCCAGUCGGUCCGUCGGCCGCGCCCCGGCACGAGACUGCGCGGUAUUGGGGCUAUACGGCCGUGUUCAACCUCCUCGACUACCCAGCCUGUUCGUUCCCCACGGGACUCUUUUGUUUCGCGGCGUCGCAUCCCGCCGAUCUCGAGUACCAGCCAAGGGACAACGAGUUCGACGCCUACAACUGGAACAACUACGACGCGAAGAUCUUCGAGGGCGCCCCCAUUAGUCUGCAGGUGGCGGGGCGGAAGUGGGAUUGUGAGAGGACGUUGAGAGCGGCGGGGUUGAUGACCGAGUUGUUUGGAGUGGACAGGACCCCGUCAGCGCGGAAAUAA